UUUGCACUGUUAACAUAGUUGUAGGCUGUUGAAAGGAGAUCUGUCAGAAACGAUGGUUGGAUUAAGACUAAUUCUCAGUUGCAUUGUGCAAAAUUUCGGAUCGAUAAACGACUAUUAUAAUGAUGAGCCAUAAGCCAUAAUAUUUUAAGUAACUUUAAAACUGUUUGAAGUCUAUACGCAUCGAAUCGUCGACAAUUUGUAUAUUUUAUAAACUUUUUGACAUUACGUGGAAAAAACUUUCUUCACUGUAACUGUAAAGCCUAAGAUAGAAACGCACUCGACUUUAUUGUUUCUAAAAAUGGCUAAAAGUAAAAUGUCUGACUAUAGAUCGCUGUAUAAAUUGACAAAGAGACUCGGAACAGUAGUAGGAGUUUGGCCGUAUGAAAGCCCAAGUAUUUUAUAUCUUCUUGUGCCGUAUAUACCGAUGACACUGCAUUUAAUAAUAUCGCUCUUGGUAUUUUCGUGGGUCCGCGAGAAAUUUCCAAACAUUGGUCUCGUUUCAAAAGGCCUGAGCAUUUCCACUAGCUUUGUGACCACCAUUCUGAAGAUAGCGAGCAUGAAAAUAAACCACAAAGAAUUGACGGAAUUACACCGACAUCUUCAUCCGUACUUUAGAAAAUUGCUGAAGGAUUCAAGGCUGUCGAACAUCGUUUUAAAGGACGUUAACGUGUUUAAGCUUGUAUCAUGGUCAUUGACUAUUUGUGUUGCCACUUGCUUGGGGUCUUACAUUCUUCUUCCUCUGAGCUUCGUCAUAAAAGCUUCUGUUCAUCAUAUAGAAGUCGCCAAGUACCCGCUUAUAUAUCCAUGCAACUAUCCGUGGAAGAUAACGUCCAAUGGAAUUGUUUACCAACUUCAUUUUAUUUUUGAAACUUGCUCGGGGUUGGCGAUGUUUUUCGUGUCCACUAGUGUUGACAUAUUGUUUCCGUUUUAUAUCUUUCAAAUGAUUGCACAAUUUCGUAAAAUUUCUUAUGAUAUUACGCACAUCAAAAGUGAUGAUAAGGAUGAUGAAGAUAAUAAUGAGUAUAAUAAAGUCAUAGAAAAAUGUGUUGCGCAGUACGAAAGAUUGAUGAGAUGCAGAGACAUUUUGGAAAAAAUUUGGGGCCCUAUAAUACUAUUUAGUGUUACUACUAACGCUAUUGUUCUUUGCACAGUUCUUUUUCAAAUUUCAAAGAUGAGAAGUGUAACUAUUGUUCAAGGGUCAUUAUUGGUUGCAUACGUAGGUUUGAAAUUGGGACAAACCUUCAUUUAUGCUUGGAGUGGCUCUUGUUUAAUUGAAGAGAGCGAAGUUUACAGAGAUGCAGUUUAUGCUGCGAAUUGGUACGGAAAAAAACGACUGAUGACUUCUAUUGUGAUGCUCCUGACCCAAAGGCCUUUAUCAUUAACCGCUUGUAAUUUUUCAGUUGUUUCUGUGAAAAUUUUCAUCACAUUUUUGAACACAGCAGUAUCUUACUUCUUUCUUUUGCAAACACUUGAUGAUAAGGAAUAAGUAUUGAUUUAAAAAUCGACCAAUAGCAAAGUCAGGAAAUCAACUCUCACUUGGUUGGAUUUUGAACAUAAUUUAUGAAAACAAUCAAAAUUUUUAAUCACCACAAUUAUAAUAGAUUUUCACAAACGUGUAUUAUAGGUAUUACAUGUAUUAUUUACUUUAUUUACGAUUACUACCUAUGAUGCGAUUAAAUUUGUAUCAAUAUAACGGAUAAUUCUUCAACAAUCAUGCAUAGUCAUGCACUUGCUAGUAAUAUUUAUUCUGGUGAGUAGAUAAUAAAUACUAGUAUUAAAUGAA